AAUUCCGACACCAGAACCAAAAGCCCAGAAUUAUCCAAAACCGGAGAAUUCCAAUUUAAAGUGAAUAUUCAAGAAUCCUGCUGCCUCUGCUCAACGCAAAAAUUUUCUCUCGCUUUCCGAGUUUUUUUUCUAGUCAUCCCUACACUACCACACCUGACCAAGAAUCUGCUGUAAUCCACUUGCGGGAGCUCCGACAUGGCCACCCUCUUCUCGUCGUCUCUGCAAACGGCCUUGCACGGUCCGCCCCUAUCGCCGUCGUCCCCGUUGUCGGCGUCGGCAGCGUCUCCAUCGUCUUCUCCUAUCUCCCACCUCGGCUCGCCGCUCUUGUCGGUGGCGAGGACCCGGGUUCCGGGCCUGUCGUCGAGUAGAUCCUCAUUGUUUACCAGCCAUUUCAGUAGCAUUAUCAGUGAUUUCAGCGCGAGAACCGCGAGGAGCAAAUGCCGCGGGCCGCUGGUCGUGUGCAUGUCCUGGGAUGGACCGCUCUCUUCCGUCAAAUUGAUCAUCCAAGGCAAAAAUCUGGAGCUGAACAGUUCAGUGAAGUCUUAUGUUGAGGAGAAAGUUGGAAAGGCUGUACAGAAGCACAGCCACCUUGUGCGUGAGGUCGAUGUCAGGCUGUCGAUACGAGGCGGAGAGUUUGGAAAAGGCCCCAAAGUUCGGAGAUGUGAGGUCACAUUGUUCACCAAGAGGCAUGGCGUGGUUCGAGCUGAGGAAGAGGCGGAGUCGCUUUAUGGAAGUAUUGAUAUGGUGUCAUCAAUAAUACAAAGGAAGUUGAGAAAGAUCAAGGAGAAGGAGUCUGAUCAUGGCAGGCACAUGAAGGGAUUUGAUAGACUCAAAGUUAGAGAACCAGUGGCUGUGCCGCCAGUUGUGGAAGAUGAUGUUGAGGAUGUUCCUCAACGAGAAGAUGGGAACUUUGAUGAGAUUGUCAGGACCAAGUACUUUGAAAUGCCACCUUUAACGGUAUCUGAAGCAAUUGAGCAACUGGAAAAUGUCGAUCAUGAUUUCUAUGGGUUCCGGAACGAAGAAACCGGUGAGAUCAACAUUUUGUACAAGAGAAAAGAUGGGGGAUAUGGUCUGAUAGUACCGAAAGGAAACGGCAAAGCACAGAAAUUUGAUCCUGUGGUCAUAGAAGCAGCCAAAGAGCGGUCCUUCGCCGAGUGAGAGAGGCGAGGUGAAGCAAGGGGAUGAUCCUUUUCCAUGCGAUAACAUAAGAUUUUCAAGGCCUUUUGCGUAAUCAGCGUCAUCAUCCUGGCAGGAGAUCAUUGAAAGGCCAACCAUAGCCAGAAUGAUCUCAGACUGAAAAUCACUAAAUUACAACUGAUUAAGCAUUACGGUGCUACUUAUGGGAAGUGAACUUUUGAAGCAGAGCCCACUUUUGCGUGUUGUAGUCAUCUCAUGACCUGAAGCAUAGCAUGCAAGUUGUAAAUGCCCAUUUCGCUUUCAUCUCCUGUGGUCUACAGCAAGUUUCUGCUAUCACAGCACAUUUCUCAUUUUUACCACGUAAGGCUAGCCUUCACCUUCAGUAGGGCGUUCAUGGAUUUGUUUACA